AUGGCGAGCUCGCCAAUGGAUGAGAGCCAAACUGCUUCAACAAGCACUAGUCAAUCCGUGGGCAGUCUGGUCAACUUUCUGACAUUGAUUCAGAGUUUGAAGACUACCAAACGCACCGGAUGGAUCAAUCAUGGGGUCGCAGGCCCCGAAUCCAUUGCGGACCACAUGUACCGUAUGGCGAUGAUGGCAUUCAUGAUUGACCCCAAAGAUGCGGCCGUUGACAGGGACCGCUGCAUACGGAUGGCGAUUGUGCAUGAUGUUGCAGAAGCGCUUGUUGGUGACAUCACACCAGAUGACGGAAUCAGCAAGGAAGAGAAGAACAGGAGGGAGGCGGCGGCGAUGGAACACAUGUGCUUGCUCCUGGGCGAGACACCACAAGCACAAGAGAUGCGAGAUCUGUGGCUUGAGUACGAUGCGGCGUCAACUCUUGAAGCCAAACUCGUCAAGGACUUCGACAAGUUGGAGAUGAUCCUGCAAGCUCAAGAAUACGAAGCAUCUCAAGGGAAAGUGCUUGACGACUUCUUUGUAGCCGCAGGGAGGAUUCAGACGGACAUUGGAAAGAAGCUUGCCGACGAGAUUGUGGUUCGACGGCCUAACAAAAGGUAG